AUGUUCUCCGCAAAGAUUGUUCCCAUUGGUGAAUCAGACAGGCCAGGAGCGUUGGGUCCUCUGCUGGGGAAGCUCGCCGAUUUGCUCGCCAAUGAGUGCGGCCGGCUCAAAGGGGUCCGCCGUGAGAUCCGCUCCCUCAAGAAUGAGCUUGCCGGCAUGCAUGGUGCGCUGACGAAGUACACCAAGCAAGAGAAUCCUGAUGAGCAGGUGAAGAUAUGGGUUUCGCUGGUCAGGGAGUUGUCCUACGAUACCGAGGAUUGUUUUGACAAGUUCAUCCACCAGCUCGGCGAAGGUGGGGGUCAUGAUGGCGGGUUCAAGGAGUUCUUCCGCAAGAUGGCUCGCCGUCUAAAAACCCUUAGAGCUCGGCGUGGAAUCGCCAACCAAAUCGAUGACCUGAAGCUUCGCAUCAAGGAGGUGAAAGAUCUCAAGACUAGCUACAAGCUCGAUGAUGUUGCUGGUAGCACCUCUGGCAAUGCAGCCGUGGAUCCCCGGCUGGCUGCUCUUUUUGCUGAGGAGGCACACCUUGUGGGUAUUGACGGUCCAAGAGAUGAUCUUGCCAAGUGGGUUAUGGAAGAUGGAAACAAGCAUGGUCGCAAGGUGUUAUCUAUUGUUGGGUUUGGUGGACUGGGAAAGACGACACUAGCAAAUGAGGUCUAUCGCAAGAUCCGAGGGCAUUUCGAUUGUCAUGCUUUUGUGUCGGUUUCCCAAAAGCCAGAUACAAAGAAAAUUAUUAAGGAUGUGAUCUCCCAAGUGUCUUGCAACAAUGAAUUCAUGAAAGAUAUUGAGAUCUGGGACGAAAAGAAAUCUAUUUCAAAGCUAAGAGAACUUCUACAAGAAAAAAGGUAUCUUGUUAUCAUUGAUGACAUAUGGUCUAUAGUGGCAUGGAAUGCUAUCAAUUGUGCAUUUCCAGAGAACAGCUGUUCUAGCGGAAUUGUAGCUACUACACGCAUAUUGGAAGUAGCUAGCUCUUGUUGUCCAGGUCCUGAUGACCAGAUCUAUGAAAUGAAACCUCUAAGUGACCCUCACUCUGAAAGACUAUUUUUCAGAAGAAUCUUUGGCUCAGAGAAUUGCUGCCCUCAUAUGUUUAUGGAAGUUUCAAAAGCUAUCUUGAAAAAGUGUGGAGGCCUACCAUUGGCAAUAAUCAGUAUUUCUGGUUUACUAGCAAACAGACCACGUGUCAAAGAAGAGUGGGAGAAGGUAAAAAGAUCAAUUGGUUCUGACUUGAACAAAAGCCAGAGUCUAGAGGGAAUGAAAAACAUACUGUCCUUGAGCUAUAAUGAUCUUCCACCAAACCUCAAGACUGUCUUGUUGCACUUAAGUAAUUUCCCCGAGGAUGAUGUGAUUGACAGAGAAAGGUUGGUGAGGCAAUGGAUUGCGGAAGGCUUUAUUUCUGAAGAGUGUGGGAGGAGCUGUCAAGAGGUUGCAGAAAGUUAUUUUUACGAGCUUAUCAAUAAAAGCUUGGUCCAACCAGUGGACAUUCGUUAUUAUGGGAAGGUGCAGGCCUGUCGAGUUCAUGACAUGAUGCUUGAACUUAUCAUUUCAAAAUCCAUUGAAGAAAAUUUCAUCACUGUGGUGAACGGCAGUCAAACUGUUUGGGGAAAUCCUCAAUGUUCUAUUCGACGUUUAUCGAUCCAGGACAUUGACCAGGAGCUUGCAUAUGAAUUGGCAAAGAGAGAUCUAAGCCAUGUCCGAUCUCUUAUAAUAACAGCAUCAGGAUGCAUCAAACACUUGCCCAGCCUUACCAAGUUUGAAACUUUACGUGUACUAGAUUUUGAAGGUUGCCGGGGCGUGGCGCAGUAUGAUAUGGAUGGUAUGGAAAAGCUGUUCCAGCUAAAGUACGUAAGCUUUAGGGAAACGGACAUACGGGAGUUGCCAUCUGUAGUUGUGAUGCUACGUGAUCUAGAGACGCUGGAUUUAAGGGAUACAAAAAUCAGAGACUGGCCGGCCAGAAUUGUUCAGCUCACGAAACUACGUCAUUUACUGAGCGACAUGGAUCAUGCGAAGAUACCAAUCGGGAUUGGGAAUAUGAAAAACUUAAGGGAGAUCACAGGCUUUGACAUUACCAUGAGUUCAGUAGGUGCAGUGAAGGAGCUAGGGAGCCUGAUCAAUUUGAAGGUACUUCGUGUACAGUGUGAAGAAUCUCAAGAAUGCAAGAGUCAUGCAGAGAUGUUUCAUUCCUCACUAUGCAACCUUGGCAGCCACAAAUUGCAGUCCAUGUGGAUAGAUGGUGGUAAUUCAACUCUAUUCGAGUUAUUAGAUUCCUGGUCUCCUCUUCCAUCUUGCCUCCAAAGAUUUCAGAUGAGCACCGACUGCUGUUUCUCAAAACUGCCAAAGUGGAUUAGUCCAGCACUCACCAGUCUUGCAUACUUAGACAUCAAUUUAAGUGUAAUAACAGAGGAGGUUCUUGGCAUACUUGGAGAGCUGCCUGCAUUACUUUCUCUGAAACUUUAUACCAACACAGUCCAUAAAGACAGGCUUGUUUUGCAAGGCAGAGGAUUCCGAUGUUUGAAGGAGUUCCUUUAUAAACCUUUUGGUGAAGGUGCCGGGACUCUUCUGUUUGAGGAAGGGGCACUGCCAAAGCUCGAGAAGCUUGAGCUGUGGUUCUCCGUAUCAGUGGCAAAGGCCUAUGGGUUCUACUUAGGUAUUGAGCACCUCCCGUAUCUGAAAGAUGUACUAGUUAUUCUUCAGAAGCGGGAUGCCACAUCUUCUGAAGUUGAGGCUGCAGAAGUUGCCAUAAGGAAUGAAAUAAGUCUCCAUCCCAACCAUCCCAGGUUAUCUCUCUUCAAGGGAUGA